AUGGAGCAACAAUUAUUGGGGUAUGAACAUACGCUUUACAGAUUGGAUCAGGCUGAGCACAUUGUCGAAAAACUUGAUCGAGUGGCGCCUCAGAUCUUGCGCACCAGACGAAAUUCGAUGAAACGCCCAGUUGAGGAGAUUAUGCCAGAUCUCAGGCGAGCCGGGUUUGAGCAUGUGGCGUAUAUAGUAGAGUUCAAGCACGAUUGGUCAUUAGCGUCAGCAUUGAUAAAGAGGUGGAGACCUGAGUCCCAUACAUUUCAUUUGCCAUGGAGAGAGAUGACUAUCACCCUACAGGGCGUGACCUACCAGUUGGGACUCACGAUCGAUGGUGAUCCUGUUGGUGGCUGCAUCGAUGGGUGGAAGCAGCACCAUGAUGGAUGGUCCAUUGAAAACUUUUUCCAACAGCUACUGGGUGCUAUUCCUGACCUAGAAGAUAAACAAGAGCUCGAGCAGGAUGUCAUUGAGGAGCGCCUGUUGCGGUACAGGAGAGGGUAUAUCAUGCAGGUGAUCGGAGGUAUCUUAUUCCCGAAUGCAUCUGACUCUCGGGUACACAUCAGGUGGCUCCCCCUGCUAGAGGACCAUGACAGAUAUGGCAGGUUAUCAUGGGGAUUGGCUGUGCUGGCAUGGUUGUACUGCCAAAUGUGUCGUGCCAUGAAGCAUAGUCAGCGCAAUCUGGGUGGUUGCAUUAGUUUACUGCUCUCUUGGGCCUAUCUCCAUAUUCCAUUACUAUGGCCGGUUGGAUUUGAUACUCGUCGAUUUCUGCUAGUUGAGAGGUGGGUUGAGUACCGUCUAGAUAAUGCCAAAGGUGAGCACAGGCUUAGGCAUUAUAGGCGUAUGCUGAAUGGGAUCGGCAUCCUCAACGUUGACUGGACGCCGUAUGCUGGCCUACAUCUGUAA